AUAAUCCAGUAUUGAAACUAACGCCAUGGUUUCACUCCGAUUCCCAUUUCCGUUUUCUCUGCCCUCAAGCUCAAGGCUACCUUCAACUCCCUCCGCUAACUCACGUCCGUUUAAAGCCUCCACCGUCGCAGUCACGGUCGCUGCCACCGCAGCCGUCGCCACCAUCGCCGCCACCGCAGCUAUCUCAGCUUCAGCCGAAGACACUGGCACAAUCCCAAAACACCAUUUUCUCCAAGAAGCGCUAAACUUCUUCUUCACUAAUCGUUCGGUCCCCCUUUGGAGCUCACUUUCUCUGGCCAACUCUUCAGACCCAGUCGUUAAUUCCCGGGCCGGGGUAUCGUUCCCUUCGGUCCUGGCCGAUUCUCGGAAACUUCUCGGAAUUGGAUUUAGGAGAAAGAGCGUUUUGGGGUUAAGGAACAUCGAUGUUUACGCAUUUGGCGUUUAUGCUGAUAAUAAUGACGUAAAGAAAAUGAUGGGGGAGAAGUACCAGAAAUCUUCUAGUUCUGAAAUCAAGGAAAGCAAAGAGUUUACUGAUGAUCUCAUAGAAAACGAUAUAAGCAUGACUGUUAGGCUUCAAAUAAUGUACAGCAAAUUAAGCAUUCGAUCUGUGCGAAAUGCUUUUGAGGAUUCAGUGGGAAGCAGACUGCAAAAGUUUGGGGGACCAGAUAAUAAAGAACUUCUUCAAAGGUUCACUUCUCAGUUCAAAGAUGAAUAUAAGAUACCACGAGGAUCUGUGAUCGAACUUGCGAGGGAACGGGGUUAUGUACUUCGAACCACAAUUGAUGGGAAAGAGGUGGGAAGUAUCCAGAGCAAACUUCUGUGUAGGUCAAUUCUGGAUCUUUAUAUUGGUGAAGAUCCAUUUGAUAAACAAGCCAAAGAAGAUGUCAAGCUCAAUGUAGCCUCACUCCUUCAGAAAUAGAGAAAAGUUAUUUUAAUGAAAUCUGUAGAAUACAGAGUAAGGCUUCAAGAAUUCUUUUUUUUUUUUUCAGUCUUAAAUCAUAACUCUUCAUGCUUUAGUGUAAGGUAAUAAAAUUGGAGAGUAACCGUGCUUAAAGUUAAUGGCCAUUGCAUUUAUGCUCUUCUUUA